AUGGGAGCUGAAGUCCUGAGCUUAGCGCCUGGCACAGAAGUGCUCAGAAAGCUCUUACGGUGUACUGACUCCCAGUUCCCUUGUCCUCACCAGACAUACUGCACAUGUAGCCAUGUCCCUCUAGACUCAUCAAAGACCCCUGGUCUGGGUCCUCAGGCACCUAGUUGGUUUCACAGCCGCCUAGUGAGUCAAGUGUCUUCUUGUUGGCAGUUGCCUGCCACAAUUCAGAAACAGGAAAUGCACUUGAAUUCUUCAGGGCUCUGGGGAGGGGGGAGUCUCUGGCUCCCCAACUUCCCCUGCAAACUGAAGGGCAGCCUUCCCCCUUCACAGCGCCAGACUCAGCCCAGGCUGGGGAGUUCUGGAGCCAAGACGGAACCAAAGCUCAGGUAUCCUGACCGAAGCCAUCUUGCCCACCCCUCUCUAAGCUCCGUGCCCUCUUCCCCCCACUUGGGCCCCAGGAAAGAGGAGGUGUAG